GAAAUGGCUUUCUGCAAAAAUCUCGGUGGUCUGUUGAGGCAAGGUACGGUUUCUCAGACCGGGAAUGUUCCCGUUCAGUCUAUGCUCGGUUCUCUCCUGUACAUGUCAACCAAGCUCUUUGUUGGUGGUCUCUCAUGGGGGACUGAUGACCAGUCAUUGAGGGAGGCUUUCUCCAACUUCGGUGAAGUGAUCGAUUCUAAGGUCAUUGUUGAUAGGGAAACCGGAAGGUCAAGGGGGUUUGGAUUUGUCAAUUUCCCUGAUGAGAGUGCAGCUAAUGCCGCAAUCUUAGAGAUGGACGGAAAGGAAUUGAAUGGGCGGAACAUCCGAGUGAAUGUUGCUAACGACAGACCAAGUGCUCCCCGGGCGUACGGUGGUGGUGGCUACGGUGGAGGUGGUGGUGAUGGAGGCGUUUACUAA